AUGUUGGGAGUCGACCUGAUUAUUCCCGAUGUUUCCUAUCUCGUGGAGCGGUCCGAUCGAGUGCGGGGCAUUUUGAUAACCCACGGUCACGAAGACCAUAUCGGCGCUCUCCCUCACAUUCUGCCUCAGCUUAACGUGCCCGUCUUUGCGCCCAAGUUGGCCCACGGCUUGAUUGCUGUAAAGCUGCACGAAAAUCGGGCCACACGGGGGAUCUCUGCCCAACCGAUUGAGCCGGGCGUUGAUUACCAACUCGUGAUACAUACUGGAGACUUCAAAAUCGACCAUACGCCGGUGGACGGCCAUACCAUUGACCUGAACACACUGGCCCACUACGGAAAUGAAGGCGUAUUGUUGCUUUGUUCCGACUCCACUUACGCUGAAAUACCCGGGUACACUGCUUCCGAGCAGAUUCUUGGUGGUGCCCUGGACCGGGCUAUCGGCGACGCUCCGGGAAGGGUAAUGGUGGCUACCUUCGCAUCACUGAUCUCUCGGGUGCAGCAGGUGAUUGAUGCUGCUGCCAGUCACAACCGAAAGGUUGCCAUCGUGGGCCGCAGCAUGGCCGACAACGUCAGCAUGGCCGCGGAAAUGGGGUACCUUGACUUGCCUCCGGACACCCUGGUUAGUCUGAACGAAAUCCGUGGCUAUUCCCCUGAGCGAACAGUCUUAAUUACUACCGGCAGCCAGGGGGAGCCGACUUCGGCCCUGGUUCGAAUAGCCAAUAAGGACCACCGUGAUGUUUCUGUCAUGGAGGGGGAUACGGUGGUCAUCUCUGCUACGCCUAUCCCAGGCAAUGAGCUUCUGGUAAGCCGGACCAUUGAUAACCUGCUGCGGCAGGGCGCGAGAGUCUUGUACGACAGGAUAGCCCUGGUACACGUUCACGGCCAUGCGAGCCAGGAAGAGCUUAAGAUGAUGCUCAGUCUCACCCGCCCUCGCUACUUUGUUCCGGUACAUGGCGAGUACCGGCACCUAAUGGCUCACGCCAAGCUGGCAUGGGAUAUGGGAUUGGCUGAGUCAGGUAUUUUUGUUCUUGAAGAUGGAGACGUACUGGAACUGAGUGAGGAUGGUGGUCGUGUUGUGGAGUCCGUCUCCGCUGGCCCAAUCUUCAUUGACGGGCCCGUUACCAGGGACGUGCGAAGUGAAGUGCUGCGCGAACGAAAGGCCCUGGCCAGGGAUGGCGUCGUAGUCUUGGUGGUGUCGGUGGAUGGUCAAACUGGCCAGCCGGCCAGCCCUACGAAGGUCUUGGCCAGCGGGUUUAUGGAUGACUCCGAGACCGAUGACUUGUUCCCCAGGCUAUCCGUGCUUAUUGACGACCUCGUAAAGGACCGUCAGGAGUUUGCCGAAGAACCCGAACGGGUAAAGAACCUGGUUAGAGAGGCUGCUGGCCGUUUCCUGCAAACGGAAGCGCGCCGCCGCCCGACGAUAGUUACCGUGCUCCUGGAAUCGUGA